GGAUGACUGCAUGUUGAUAUUCCGCAGUCGCCCGCCUGCGUCUGCCUCUUGCGCCAUCCGCACACGACACCCAAACAAACACAGAGACACAGUCACGCCGACACACCCGCCGCCGCCACAGAGCGAUGCUUGGUUCCCACAAGCGCCGACUGAUACGCUGCUAGCCCCCCCGACGGCGGUCCCUAAGACAGUCCCCAACCUAGUGCAGAGGUGAUUUGCAGCAAGCCUGCUGCGCAACAGCCACGUCGUCGUGUUUUAGCCCUUUGGCCCUAGGCCCGCGCUUCGAAACCGUUUAGCCUCGCCGUCCACGUCCUGCAUCAGCUGGGGGCACCACCUCGCACGCCGGCCGUGCCUUGGAAACACCCCAGCAACCAACGUCCUGCUGGCAAGCCCUCGCCCGCGCUUGCUUCUAUGCCGAUAUUCACCGCUCCCCUGGCUGCGCCAACAGUUGGCCGCCCCAUGCUUCAAUAAGCCCGCCGAAUCCGCAACGCCCGUUCUCCUGCUCGACCCAGCACUCUGCUCCCAGCUGCCUCUCAACAAGUCCAACACAGCUCCCAUAGCUCAUCGCCUCCGCAUGCCGCCGCCGCCGCCGGACCUUGCCAUUCUCACACAUGAGCACUUUCGUUACCAUGGCUGGAAUCCAUACUGCGCCCCCGGGCGCUAUCGAUACGGCCGCAGAGUCAUCGUUAAGGCGGCAUGGGGCACUGGCUGCCCCGUCGACAACCGCCGCGGCCGCGCAGAGGAGCACCUCGCCCGCCCGUAUGCCACAAACCAUGCAGGCCGUGUCGCCUGUCAACCAGAAUGGGUGUUUCGAGUUUGACCGUGUCCUGAAGUGCGGAUACGUCCAGAAGCGUACCAAGACCAAGGCAUGGAAGACGGUGUACCUUGUGAUGAGGCCGAAUACCAUAUACAUGUACAAGUCGGAUAAGGAAGACAAGCUGCGCGGCCAGAUAUAUCUGUCGGAGCUGACGGCCGUCACCCUGCUCAAAGACCCGAAGCAGAAGCGACAGAACGUCUUUGGGCUCUUCUCGGCGUCGAAAAACUUCUAUUUCCAGGCGGGCUCUGCCAAGGAAUCGCACAGCUGGGUCGAAGUCAUCCGUCGGGACGCGAGAAUAGAAGAGGAAGAGGAGGAGAUAUUUCUUGCGAGCCCCAUCCUCCGCCGAGGAUCAUACGCGCCUGGCUCCUGUCUUGCCCAGCCUACAGGGUCCAGCGGGAUGGCGAUGGAGCGGGAACGGGGGCUGUCGAGCUCCCCGGAGCCGCUCGACAACUCUAUAGACGCGGCAUUUGCCAUCGCCGGCUCACACGACGCGCGUCCAGUCUCGGCCAUGGUUGAAUCCUUCAGCCAGCUAGGGAGUGAUUUCGUGUCACAUUCCGACCUUUCCGAUUUCGAGCCCCCGGGCCGCUCGUUUGGGGCCUCGUUUGAGGCCUCGGCCGAAAGCCUCAGGGCGCGAACCCCUGGCGCUCCCGAGCUGCGCCGCCCUAGCAUGGUUGCCCGGAGCGGGGGCGGCUCCGGUGGCCUGUACCUCGAGCAGGAUCCGGACCGGGUCAUCUGGCAGGGCUCGAUGUGGUUCUUGCGUACAAAGGGCGGGUUGAAGCAGUGGAAGAGGUCGUGGGCUGUGUUGCGGCCGAGGAACCUCAUCCUCUAUCGGGACUCGUCCGAGUACUCGCCGCACCUGGUUGUCCCUCUAUCGUCGAUUCUCAAUGUGGUCGACCUGGAUCCCAUCAGCAAGACGAAAAGGCAUUGCCUCCAGGUCAUCACGGAGGAGAAGCGGUUCCGGUUAUGCGCUGUUGACGAGGAGAGCCUCGUGCACUGCCUCGGGGCGUUCAAGAGCUUGCUUGCCAAGAGGCGGGAGCUAGAAGCCCGGGUGGCAGCCACAAUCUCGGCCGAGGGCGUGGUGCCAACUGCUUUCGCAUUAUCUCACUCUCCCCCGAGAAUGGUGCUCAGCAGCGCGGUGGCGACAACAGUUGCAGCAAACUAGGGCUACCACAGCUCAUACGAUAUCCCGACGCACCGAUCUCCUUUGUCCAUUUUUUCUUAUCAGGAUACCCCGCUUCAUUUUUUGUCCGCCUUCCUCGCGCUCCCAUUCGCACUUGGAUGCAACCGCAAUUCCACUAGCCUCUUGGCUAGCAGCCUACUUCCAGAUGAAGUCUUGGGGUCCGUGUAUCCGAAAGGUCGAUUCCUCUAGGCACUGGCUGCUAGCUUGGGAUGCGGCAUGCUUGCGAUGCCCGAGAUGACUGUCGCUCUCUUACACCCGUCCUCUCCUUUAUGUCGAGCUUGCUCUUUAUCUUUUCUUUUAAACUUUAUUAUUCAUAUCUGACUUUGUCCGCCGUCGCGUCUAUGUGGUCCGUUGUCUCCGCGAAGCGAUCCGUAUGGAGCUCUUCCUCGAUACCCCUUCGUUCGCGCGCAAUAUCUCUUCAUGUUCCUACUGGCCUGUGGACGAGUGCGUGUUAUUUUGGCACGUGUGCAAAUACUCCUUGUGGCCCCUGGAAGCUGUCUAGGUAGUGGAGAUGAGGAUGGAAUAGAAGCUAUUUUCUCAAAAAGGGGCGGUC